GCUACUGACCUGUCUCUACUUCCAUAUCGAAGAUGGCGGUCUCGGUGUUCCCCGGCGUGCGGCUCCUCUCCAUCGGAGACGCGAACGGAGACAUACAGCGACAUUCAGAGCAGCAGCCCCUGCGGCUAGAAGUCAAAACCACGCAAGAUGCUGCCCUUAUCAAUCUCUCCAAUGGAGAGGAGGCAAGUGUGUUCAAGUGUUCGGUUUCCAGGGAGACGGAGUGCAGCCGCGUGGGGAAGCAGUCAUUCAUCAUCACACUAGGCUGCAACAGCGUUCUGCUGCAGUUCUCCUCGCCUGCAGAUUUUCAGUCGUUUUAUAAUCUGCUGAAGAAUAGUCGUGGUCAUGUCAGUGAGCGCUCAGUCUUCAGUGAAAGGACAGAAGACUCCUCUGCUGUUCAGUACUUCCAGUUUUAUGGCUACCUCUCCCAGCAACAGAAUAUGAUGCAGGACUAUGUUCGGACAGGGACUUACCAACGAGCUAUUCUCCAGAACCACACUGACUUCAAGGAUAAGGUGGUGCUGGAUGUUGGCUGUGGCUCGGGGAUCCUCUCUUUCUUUGCAGCCCAAGCUGGAGCUAGGAAGGUCUACGCUGUGGAAGCCAGCACCAUGGCACAGCAUGCUGAGGUGCUGGUGAACAGUAACCGUCUAGGGGAGCGAGUGGUCGUCAUCCCAGGGAAGGUGGAGGAGGUGACGCUGCCUGAGCAGGUUGACAUCAUCAUCUCAGAACCCAUGGGCUACAUGUUGUUCAAUGAACGCAUGCUGGAGAGCUACCUGCAUGCCAAGAAGUUCCUCAAACCCAAUGGUAAAAUGUUUCCAACUAUUGGUGACGUCCACCUGGCCCCCUUCACAGAUGAGCAGCUCUACAUGGAACAGUUCACCAAGGCUAAUUUCUGGUACCAGCCCUCCUUCCAUGGUGUGGACCUCUCUGCCCUACGUGGAGCAGCAGUGGACGAGUAUUUCCGCCAGCCAAUUGUGGACACAUUUGACAUCCGUAUUCUGAUGGCCAAGUCGGUCAAAUACACAGUCAACUUCCUGGAGGCCAAAGAAGAGGAUCUCUACAGGAUAGAGAUUCCCUUUAAGUUCCACAUGAUGCACUCAGGCCUGGUGCACGGCUUGGCUUUCUGGUUUGACGUGGCAUUCAUGGGAUCUGUGAUGACGGUAUGGCUGUCCACUGCGCCCACAGAGCCUCUCACUCACUGGUACCAGGUUCGCUGUCUGCUGCAGUCGCCCCUCUUCACCAAGGCCGGAGAUACACUGUCCGGCACUGCCAUGCUGGUGGCCAACAAGCGACAAAGCUACGACAUCAGUAUUGUUGCCCAGGUGGACCAGACAGGAUCAAAGUCCAGCAACCUCCUGGACUUGAAGAACCCUUUUUUCAGGUACACAGGCACCACCCCUAACCCCCCUCCUGGCUCACACUACACCUCCCCGUCCGAGAACAUGUGGAACACGGGGACAGCCUACAGCAUGAGUCAGGGGAUGGCUGUAUCAGGGAUGCCUGCAGCUUAUGACCUCAGCACAGUCAUUGGCAGCGGCCCGUCAGUGUCUCACAACAACCUCAUCCCCCUGGUGAACACAGGAAUUGUAAACCACACCCACUCCAGGAUGGGCUCUAUCAUGAGCACAGGAAUAGUUCAGGGAGCCACUACGGGCCAGUCGGGCCCCAGCAGCAGCGGUACUUACUAUCCAGUCACCAACCAGUUCACCAUGGGGGGUGCUGCCAUCUCUAUGGCCUCGCCCAUGGUCAUCCCCAGCAACACCAUGCAUUAUGGUAGUUAAGAGGAAGACCUCACAAUCCUCCCCCCCCCCGCAUGACAAGAGAC